AUGUUUUGGUUAGCAAAACAUAGAAUUAGCAAGAUUCCAGUCCAGAGUAAAGAGAUUCAUUAUGCCUGCAAAAGAAAAGUUUUUUGCUCAAAAGAAGAUUUCUAUAGUGUUGUUUUAGAUGUCAAUAAAUAUCAAAAGUUUCUUCCAUGGUGCGAAGAGAGCCAUGUGAUACAAUCAAGUACCAACUGUAUGAACUCAUUUAUAGCCGAAAUUCGUGUGGGAUUUGGGCCUUUUAGUGAAGUAUAUUACUCUUUGGUUAAUGGAGAUAAGCCAAAUAAAAUAGAGGCUAUUUGGUUACCGUUCAAUGAAUUUUGUAAAGAUCAAGGAAUAAAUUCAUCAGCUAUAAAGAGGUUAUAUAUGUGGAAUAAUAAACCAGGUAUUGUUAAAUAUCACAAAACUUUGUGGAUAUUUGAAGAAAUAUCAUAUUUGCAUCCUUAUACACUUGUUAAAUUCUCCAUUGACUUCGAGUUUUAUUCUGCUUUAUAUCGAAAUAUUACAAAAUUAUAUUUAUCUCGAAUUGCAGAGUCAAUGAUUGACUCUUUCGAGAGUAGAGUUAGAUAUAUAAAUCUACUAAAGAAUGAUCAGAAUUAG